AUGUCUUUCCCAAUAGCAGCUCAAGUAGCACACAGUGCUGAGCCAGAAAUUGUUCGGCAGACAGCAAAUUAUCACCCAAGCAUUUGGGGAGAUCGGUUCCUCAAUUAUGAUGAAAAAAACAUUAUAACUUAUGGCCAUAUGCGACAGCAAGUGGACCAACUGAAAGUAGCUGUGAGGAAGGAAGUAUUCACAACAAGUGCAGGUGACUUUUCACAUCAUCUCAAGCUAAUUGAUGCAGUCCAGCGCCUUGGCGUGGCUUACCAUUUCGAAAGAGAAAUCGAAGAAGCCUUGCAACGUGUGCACGUUUCAUAUCAUGACUAUGAUGGUGGUGAUCUCUACACUGUUGCUCUUGGUUUUCGGCUACUAAGGCAACAUGGAUUCAAUGUUUCUUGCGAUAUAUUCAACAAGUUCAAAGAUAAAAAUGGUAACUUCAAGGAGAGCUUAACUGCUGAUGUUCCUGCGAUGCUAAGCUUUUAUGAAGCAGCACAUCUAAGGAAGCAUGAAGAAGACAUACUAGAAGAGGCUCUUGUUUUCACCACCACUCACCUUGAGUCAGCAGAAACAACAGACGCAAGAAAUCCACUGGCUUUACAGAUAACUCAAGCCUUAGAGAGACCUCUGCGGAAGGGUCUGGAGAGGGUAUAUGCCAGGGGUUACAUGUCAAUCUACCAGGAUGAUGCUUCACAUAGUGAAGCUAUAUUGAAACUUGCAAAGUUAGAUUUCAAUCUCGUUCAAUCUUUACACAAGAAGGAGCUCAGUGAGAUUACUAGAAAAAUUCUUACAAAAGUGAUUGCCCUGGUAUCAGUUUUGGAUGAUAUCUACGAUGCAUUUGGCACAUACGAAGAACUCGUGAUCUUUACUGGAGCAAUUGAAAGGUGGGAUAUCAAUUGUAUGGAUGAACUCCCAGACUAUAUGCAAGUAUUUUACCAUACCCUCUUGAAUGUUUACGACGAAAUUGAGGAGGAGAUGGCAAAAGAAGGAAGAUCAUACCGAGUUUACUAUGCAAAAGAAGCUAAGUACAUUAAAAAUAUAAUUAAAAAUCCAAGUGCAUUGGAUUCAGAAGGAUCAAUUUGUGUAUCUUGGAUUGUUGAUUCCAUUAGUGAAACUGUUCUUGCUACCGCCACUCGUCAAACUAGUGCUCGCGUAGCCUGGCUUACCCUUGAGAAACGAUAUGCCUCCUCUAAUCACCAUCGCAUCCUCCAUCUUCGCAGCCAACUUAUUCAUUUCUUUCGCAAUGAUGUAUCUAUAUCUAAUUUCCUUGACAAAAUCAAUUUUAUUGAUGAUUCCCUUGCUCUCUCUGGUUCACCGGUUGAUAACAAUGAGUUGCUUGCUGUCAUCAUGAUAAAUGUUGGUCAUGCAUAUGAAUAUACGGUGGCGGUUGCUCAAGCUCGUGAGACACCCAUCUCCUAUGCUGAUCUUCUUGAGGCCCUGCUCCUCAGUGCUGAGCAACGUGCCAAGUUGUGGUCCUAA